GAGAUGAACCAAACCAGUUCGAAGACUUCUUGGAAGCAAAUCUUCUUCGAGUGCGAUACUUUUGCACAGGAUAUGAUGCGCCUCCGCCUGUUUGACCGGCACUUGGAAACCCGAUAUGCAUUGCAAAUAUCGAUCUGGGUCUGGAAGGAUGCAAGGCGAAGGUUUCUCAUGCUUGUCUGCCACGACUGAAGAAUUUGUGAUGCGCCUCCAAGAAGACACCCGUUUGCUUGUCAUAGAUACAAAAACGCAGUUUGUCAUGCGAAAAACGCAACACUUACACUAAGCAGAGGAGAUACAACUUCUCAUGCGUGGCUGUCCAACAUUACAGAGCAUUCACUAGUCCCACCCCAGCAUUACAACUUUCCAGACCCAGACACAUUUUCAUUUGGACACCCGAAAGGAGAUCUUGAAAGCCCGCGCCGGGCAAGAAAAAAUCCAGAAGAAGCCCGCGCCGGUCCAGAUCCAGAAGAAGGAGGCGUCGCUCGGGUGGGCCUUGUUUAUCAUGCAGAAACUGCAAGGCAUGGAGCGCCUCUCUUGCAGGGAUGGCAAGCGAGGCCAACUGUCAGCCUGUUUGGGGUCUGCCUCUGCGAUAGAGCUACUAAACUAGCAUGACAAAAAAUGCCUGCUGUCCCUAGACAGCAUGACAAACUGGAUUUAGACGGCGCCGAAAUUUGUCAUGCACCGCUUAGAAAUUGGGCUUCCAACUGGGAUCGACUUUAUGCAUUACGAGUUAUUUCAACGUUGUCGAUUUCAAUCCUGACACCCCCAUACCAUGGAUUUGUGUUGUACACGGAGACGGACACGGAAUCGCACGACGAAAUC